AUGUUCUGCCCAGUGUUACGGUAUGCGCUAUUGACUGCCUCUGCGGGUCAUCUAACGAGACUUGCGGCCUGUCACGGUGAGACUAAUGUGGUGACGUUUGAGAAUAUCAAGCUGCCCGGGCUCACUGCAGACACUGCUGUACGUUAUCAUGAUAUCUGUAUCUCAUAUUUUAUCGAGCUAUCCAAAGAUCCACAAGAGCAAUAUAAUGAAGAUGUUCUCACGGCAGCAACUGUCUUACGGUUCUAUGAACAGAUUGACGACUCAGAGGCCUAUCUCAACACUAUCUAG